GUGUAUAUCAUUUGCAUGCAGGUGCCCUUGGAGGCAGGCUUCCCUGGAGCUAGAGUUGUAAGAGAACUUGAACUGGGAACGGAGCCCAGAUCCUCUGUGAGAACAGUGAAAUAAAGUCGGUUGUAGAUUCCUGUGAAAAUGUCGGUUCUGAUAUCACAGAGUGUGAUCAAUUAUGUGGAAGAAGAAAACAUUCCUGCCCUGAAAGCUCUUCUGGAGAAGUGCAAAGAUGUGGAUGAGAGAAAUGAGUGCGGCCAGACUCCCCUGAUGAUAGCUGCUGAACAGGGCAAUGUGGAAAUAGUGAAAGAACUGAUUAAAAAUGGAGCCAACUGCAACCUGGAAGAUCUGGACAACUGGACAGCACUUAUAUCUGCAUCUAAAGAGGGUCACAUUCACAUCGUGGAGGAGCUGCUUAAGAGUGGGGCCAAUCUGGAGCACCGUGACAUGGGGGGAUGGACAGCUCUCAUGUGGGCGUGCUACAAAGGCAGGACUGAUGUUGUCCAGUUGCUUCUUUCUCAUGGUGCCAACCCAAAUGUCACCGGUUUGCAGUACAGUGUCUACCCCAUCAUUUGGGCAGCAGGCAGAGGCCAUGCCGACAUAGUGCAUCUUCUGCUGCAGAAUGGUGCAAAAGUCAACUGCUCUGACAAGUAUGGAACAACCCCUUUGGUGUGGGCAGCCCGAAAGGGUCAUUUGGAAUGUGUGAAGCAUUUGUUGGCCAUGGGAGCCGAUGUUGAUCAAGAAGGAGCCAAUUCGAUGACUGCACUUAUUGUGGCAGUGAAAGGCGGCUACACACAGUCAGUGAAAGAGAUUUUGAAGAGGAAUCCUAAUGUAAACCUGACUGACAAAGAUGGGAACACUGCUUUGAUGAUUGCAUCAAAGGAGGGACACAUAGAGAUUGUACAGGACCUGCUGGAUGCUGGGACAUACGUGAACAUACCUGACAGGAGUGGGGAUACUGUAUUGAUUGGUGCUGUUAGAGGUGGUCAUGUUGAAAUUGUUCGAGCACUUCUCCAAAAAUAUGCUGAUAUAGACAUCAGAGGGCAGGACAAUAAGACUGCAUUGUAUUGGGCUGUUGAAAAGGGAAAUGCCACAAUGGUGAGAGAUAUUCUGCAGUGCAAUCCUGACACUGAAAUAUGCACAAAGGAUGGUGAGACACCACUGCUAAAGGCCACCAAGAUGAGAAAUAUUGAAGUGGUGGAGCUGCUGCUGGAUAAGGGGGCUAAGGUGUCAGCUGUGGACAAGAAAGGUGACACUCCCCUGCAUGUUGCUAUCCGAGGGAGGAGCCGGAGACUGGCAGAACUUCUUUUACGGAACCCCAAAGAUGGGCGGCUACUUUACAGGCCCAACAAAGCAGGCGAGACUCCCUAUAACAUUGACUGCAGUCACCAGAAAAGCAUUUUAACACAAAUAUUUGGAGCCAGACACUUGUCUCCUACGGAAACAGACGGCGACAUGCUUGGUUACGAUUUGUAUAGCAGCGCCCUGGCAGACAUUCUCAGUGAGCCUACCAUGCAGCCACCCAUUUGUGUGGGGUUGUAUGCACAGUGGGGAAGUGGGAAGUCUUUCUUACUCAAGAAACUAGAAGAUGAAAUGAAGACUUUUGCAGGACAGCAGAUUGAGCCCCUUUUCCAGUUCUCAUGGCUCAUUGUGUUCCUCACCCUGCUGCUGUGUGGGGGGCUGGGCCUAGUGUUUGCUUUUACAGUUGAUACAAAUCUCGCCAUAGCAGUUUCAUUGAGUUGCCUGGCUCUCUUAUAUAUAUUCUUCAUUGUCAUUUACUUUGGUGGACGGAGGGAAGGAGAGAGUUGGAACUGGGCCUGGGCCCUCAGUACCAGACUGGCGAGACACAUUGGCUACCUGGAGCUCCUCUUCAGACUGAUGUUCGUGAACCCACCUGAGCUUCCAGAGCAAACGACAAAGGCUUUGCCUGUGAGGUUUUUGUUUACAGAUUACAACAGACUUUCCAGUGUGGGUGGAGAGACUUCCUUGGCUGAGAUGAUCGCCACCCUCUCAGAUGCCUGUGAGAGAGAGUUUGGCUUUCUGGCUACCAGGCUUUUUCGAGUAUUCAAGACUGAAGAUACUCAGGGUAAAAAGAAAUGGAAAAAAACUUGCUGUCUCCCAUCUUUUAUCAUCUUUCUUUUCAUUGUGGGCUGCAUUAUUGCUGGAAUUACUCUUUUGGCUAUAUUCAGAGUUGACCCCAAACAUCUGACAGUGAAUGCUGUCCUCAUAUCAAUUGCAUCUGUCGUGGGGUUGGCCUUUGUGCUGAAUUGCCGGACAUGGUGGCAAGUGCUGGACUCUCUCCUGAAUUCUCAGCGAAAACGCCUCCACAGUGCUGCCUCCAAACUGCACAAACUGAAAAGUGAGGGAUUCAUGAAAGUCCUGAAGUGUGAGGUGGAGUUGAUGGCCAAGAUGGCAAAAACCAUUGACAGCUUCACUCAGAACCAGACAAGGCUGGUGGUCAUCAUCGAUGGCCUGGACGCCUGUGAGCAGGACAAGGUUCUGCAGAUGCUGGACACCGUCCGAGUUCUGUUUUCAAAAGGCCCCUUUAUUGCCAUUUUUGCAAGUGAUCCACACAUUAUUAUAAAGGCCAUCAACCAGAACCUGAACAGUGUGCUUCGUGAUUCAAAUAUAAACGGACACGACUAUAUGCGCAAUAUAGUUCACUUACCAGUUUUCCUUAAUAGUCGUGGCCUUAGCAAUGCAAGGAAGUAUCUUGUAACUUCAGCAACAAAUGGGGACAUUUCAUGCCCAGAUACCACAGGGGUGCAGGAGGAUGCUGACAGAAGAGUUUCACAGAACAGCCUUGGGGAGAUGACAAAGCUUGGGAGCAAAACGGCUCUCAACAGAAGGGAUACUUACCGCAGAAGACAAAUGCAGAGGACCAUCACCCGGCAGAUGUCCUUUGAUCUCACGAAGCUGCUGGUCACUGAGGAUUGGUUCAGUGACAUCAGUCCUCAGACCAUGAGACGAUUACUCAAUAUUGUUUCUGUGACAGGACGGUUACUAAGAGCCAAUCAGAUUACUUUCAACUGGGACAGGCUAGCCAGCUGGAUCAACCUUACAGAGCAGUGGCCGUACCGAACUUCGUGGCUCAUACUGUAUUUGGAAGAGACUGAAGGUGUCCCUGAUCAGAUGACGCUAAAGACUAUCUAUGAGAGAAUAUCAAAGAAUAUUCCAACAACUAAAGAUGUUGAGCCACUGCUUGAAAUUGAUGGAGAUAUAAGAAAUUUUGAAGUGUUUCUGUCUUCAAGGACCCCAGUUCUUGUGGCUCGAGAUGUAAAGACCUUUUUGCCAUGUACAGUAAACCUGGACCCCAAACUACGGGAGAUCAUUGCAGACGUUCGAGCUGCAAGAGAGCAGAUCAACAUAGGAGGCCUUGCAUACCCCCCACUCCCUCUGCAUGAAGCCCCUCCUCGGCCACCUUCUGGGUACAGUCAGCCUGCAUCUGUCUGCUCCUCCUCAGCAUCAUUCAACGGGGUUCUGUCCCCUCAACCCCACAGCAGCUACUACAGCGGCAUGUCCGGCCCUCAGCACCCCUUCUACAACAGGCCAUUCUUUGCCCCAUACCUUUACACGCCAAGGUAUUACCCUGGCAGUUCCCAACAUCUCAUCUCACGUUCAUCAGUAAAAACGAAUUUGCCCAGAGAUCAGAACAAUGGCCUACCGUGUGACUCUGGGUUUAACAAACAGAGACAGGGAUCGGCCACCAUAGGCACAACACUGUUACUGAGUUCAAUGACUGUGGAUGUCAUUUCUGAGAAACUAAGGCAAAUAGAAGGACUGGACCAGACCAUGCUGCCUCAGUAUUGCACAACAAUCAAAAAGGCAAACAUAAAUGGCCGGGUAUUGGCUCAGUGCAAUGUUGAUGAGCUGAAGAAAGAGAUGAAUAUGAACUUUGGAGACUGGCAUCUUUUUAGAAGCAUGGUCUUAGAAAUGAGAAAUGUGGAAAACCAGGUGGUCCCCGAAGACCCACGUUUUCUCAAUGAAAACUCGAGUGCCCCAGUUCCUCAUGGGGAAGCUGCUCGCCGAGCUUCUCACAGUGAACUGCCUCACACAGAGCUUUCCAGCCAGACUCCCUACACACUGAACUUCAGCUUUGAAGAACUGAACACACUUGGCCUGGAUGAGGGAGCCCCGAGGCACAGUAAUCUGAGUUGGCAGUCACAAACUCGCAGAACCCCAAGUCUCUCGAGUCUCAAUUCCCAGGACUCCAGUAUUGAAAUCUCAAAGCUUACUGAUAAGGUGCAGGCCGAAUAUAGAGAUGCCUAUAGAGAAUACAUCGCUCAGAUGUCCCAGUUAGAAGGGGGCACAGGGUCAACAACAAUAAGUGGCAGGUCUUCCCCACACAGCACAUACUAUAUAGGUCAGAGUUCUUCAGGGGGCUCCAUUCAUUCUAAUCUAGAACAAGAAAGGGGGAAGGAGAGUGAGCUAAAGCAGGAGGAUGGGCGCAAGUCAUUCUUAAUGAAGAGGGGGGAUGUCAUAGACUACUCCUCAUCAGGGGUGUCCACUAAUGAUGCCUCACCCCUGGACCCCAUUACUGAAGAAGAUGAAAAAUCUGACCAGUCAGGUAGUAAGCUGCUCCCAGGCAAGAAAUCCUCAGAACGGCCCAGUCUCUUCCAGACAGACCUGAAGCUUAAGGGAGGUGGUCUGCGCUACCAGAAGCUGCCCAGUGAUGAAGAUGAAUCUGGUACAGAAGAGUCAGAUAAUACCCCACUGCUCAAAGAUGAUAGGGAUAAAAAAGCUGAAGGCAAAGCAGAGAGAGCAUCCAAGUCCCCAGAGCACAGUGCCGAGCCAAUCAGAACAUUCAUUAAAGCAAAAGAAUAUUUGUCAGAUGCCCUCCUUGACAAAAAAGAUUCCUCAGAUUCCGGAGUGAGAUCCAACGAGAGUUCUCCCAACCACUCUCUUCACAAUGAGGCGGCAGACGACUCCCAGCUGGAAAAGGCAAAUCUCAUAGAGCUUGAAGAUGACGGCCACACUGGGAAGCGUGGGAUGCCACACAGUCUGAGUGGCCUGCAAGAUCCAAUUAUAGCUCGGAUGUCCAUUUGCUCGGAAGACAAGAAAAGCCCUUCUGAGUGUAGCCUGAUUGCUAGCAGCCCUGAAGAAAGCUGGCCUGCGUGCCAGAAGGCCUACAAUCUGAAUCGAACACCCAGUACCGUGACUCUCAACAACAACACCGCGCCAGCUAACAGAGCCAACCAAAACUUUGAUGAGAUGGAGGGAAUCAGGGAAACUUCUCAGGUCAUUUUGAGGCCUGGGCCCAGUCCCAACGCUACAGCUAUUCAGAAUGAAAAUCUGAAGGGCGUGGCGCACAAGCGAAGCCAACGGUCCAGUUACACAAGGCUCUCCAAAGAUGCGGCCGAGCUGCAUGCAGCUUCUGCAGACAGCACGGGCUUUGGAGAAGAGAGAGAGAGCAUUCUGUAAGGGAAAGAGUCAUGAAGUAGCAUUGUCCUGCCCUAGGGAUGAGACUGUCUCUAAGCAAAGAGACAUGAAGUGGCCUUGUCCUACCUAGGGGUGAGACUGUUUCUAAGGGAAAGAAAUGUGAAGUAGCCUUGUCCUACCUAGGGACAGGACUGUCAUGAACUCUGAAUUGAUCCAUCACCGAUAUUCAUCAUGUUUAUGCAUCACAGAUAACUGAUAGGUGGUCAGGCAUGUGGUGAAGCAUACGUCUUCUGCAUAGCAGAGGGAAGUCAUCUCCAUUGUCUCCUGCAUCAUGGGCUUUACAGUCUCAUCACCAUCAUUAUGCCCUUCCCUGGCACACAGCUGCACUGACUGAUGAGAAACAGGCUGAAUAUAAAAUAGGUCAGAAGUGUAUCUAAAGCCAAAAGGAAGCAAACCUAGAGACCUCCUUUAUAUAAUAUUCAUGAAACAUUUGAGGGAAGAUGUAACGUUAGAUGAAGCAGAAACCAAUUUUGCUGUUAGAGUUUAAUCUUGGUACAGAUUUAUAGGUUUUAGAGUAGAGGCCAGAGACUAAAAGUGAAUGCCUAGCAAAUGGAUAGCCAAUGUUCUGUACAAGACCUAUUGCUUUUUAAAGAGGUCUUAGAAUUUCAGGAGAAAAUAUAUACUGAAGAGGGUAAUAAAAAAUCAAGAAAGUGAGUCAGCAGAACCCUGAGCAUGUGCCCGGGCCAUGGUGAGUUGUUAGCAGAGGAGGUGGGGAGAGCAGUAUAUUCCUGGGAUGCUCUCUCCAGACCCAGCCCAGGCUUCCCACACCUGUGCCCUCAAAACCAUCUUGGGCUGUUCUGCAACUCCUAAAUUAUGCAUCUAAUCUAUCUUAGCUUGUAGUGAUUAAACCCAGGAUCUCACAAAUGCUAGGUAAAGAUUCGCUGAGCUACAUCCCCAGCCCUAAACACAAGUCCUUUCCCUGGAGAUUCAGGAAGACAUGGCUGUAAGAGGCACCAAUAAAUUCUUACUGAAUGAAUGUAUCAGGAAAUUGUUACAUUUAAAGAGUUAGUGACAAUGACACUAGACAAGUGACAAGCAAAUAUUUAAUUUGGUAAAAUUGAGUCUGUACUGCAACAGUUUGUUUCAUGUGUAUUCCUAAAUCAGCAUUUUAAUUCCAGGAGAAAUUAUAUAAAACGCUGUGUGGCUUUUAACAAGAGCUUAGAAGUGUACAACAAAGCAAGAAGAAAAAGAUAGAGCCAGUGUGAACAGGAUGCCACACUUCCCAUUAUUCUUAGCAAAGCUAGAGUGAGCACAGACAUUUAAGUAUCAUGUAGGCUAGAAGUGUGCCUGUCAUCAUCACGCAUCAAAACUGUGUGUCAUUGAUCAGAGCUUGUUCAUGUAGUCAGUUCUAGCAGUAUGUCCUGAGCCACGGUAGGCUUGUAGAUGUGAGGUGACAGGCUUCGUGUUUGUGGAGGUGUCCAUCACUGACUGGACCUGUGUUGUUACUGUGUUGGAAACUGCCCUAUGUUUCAGUGCCCGACUGUUUGAGUGUAAUUGAGCAUUUUCAUGAAGUGCAUAUGUUGCAUGAUCUUUAACAGGUAUUUUAAACAUUAAAAACAGCAUGAUGUUACUGACAUGAUGCAUUUUACUACUUGUAGUGUUUAUUAGUUUGCAAUAUCAUGUAAUUGGUACUUGAGAAGCCGUUUGGCUUCUUUCCAGGUGAGUGGCUAAGCUCCCCGUCUCAGGAGCCCUUUAUUCACACUGUCUGUGAAGUCAUUACUGGAGUGCCACGUGCACACGUAGACAAGGAACAAUAAAGAAUUGCAUGCCA